CUAAAUAAUCAAGGAAUAAAUUGUUUAUCCUCCUCCACUAUGGGGGACGAAGGGAGGAUAUUUUACAGUGAAAAUUCAAUCUCUCAUGCCGGCGCCCGUGUUCGUCUUCCGCCUUGCCUGUCCUGUUUUCCAUGACCGACCUGGUGCUGCAGCUUGUAAUCGGCGGGUUUGAAAUUAAGAGUGCUGAUUUUUUUAUACUUAACCCAAACGAGGCCGUUAUCAGUCCAGAGCCCAAAUGCUGAAAUUGUCUGAAAGGCCGAGGGAAGAGGACGUGAAGCAGUGAGGAGCUGAUUGAGUGAUUUGGGUCUGCCGAUUGGGUGAGGAACGGCGAGCGUCUGGCCGUCUUUGCUUGAGCUUCAACUCUUCACUGUUUCAGACCUGAAACAAUAUGGGAUUACUGAAGAAGUUAAGGGAGUGUCUGCAUUUUAUUUACACAUUGCAAUUCUGGAGAAUGGCAAUCUUCUGGACCCUUGCUCUGGUUUUUUCCUACUUGAAGUUGUAUUCCCAAAACUUUUUAUUGAAGAAAUCUAAACGCUAUCCACGCUGCUCUCCAAAAGAUAGUACAUAUGUCUCAAAAUCUCUAACUAGGCCAAUCUGCGUAAUAACUGGGGCUACAUCUGGUUUGGGAGCUGCUGCUGCCAAUGUAUUCGCCAAUGAGGGCUUUUAUGUUGUUCUUGUAGGGAGAUCAUCUGAACAGCUAUCAAAGGUUACAUAUGAUAUCAGGAAAAAUAGGGUUGAUGUUUGCCUGAAAGCCUUUGAGGUUGAUGUAACCUCCUUUAAGUCGAUUUUCAAGUUCAAGAGGUCACUUCAACAGUGGCUGCUCGAUUCAAAUUUGCAUCCUUCUAUUCAACUCCUGAUAAAUAAUGCUGGAAUCCUUGCAACAACCUCUCGAGUCACUUCUGAAGGAUAUGACCAGAUGUUCACAACGAACUAUAUUGGUGCAUUUUGUAUUACCAAAGUCCUGCUCCAUUUACUGGAAAGUAGCCCAAUCCCUUCACGUGUGGUUAAUGUCACAUCCUUUACACAUCGGAGUGUAUGGUCCAUGCAGAUGGACAAAGGAGCUAUCAAGUGUCCAUCAAAAUCAAAACAGUAUCCCUAUGCAGAAAUCUAUGAGUAUUCAAAAUUAUGCAUUUUGUUGUUUUCAUAUGAACUGCAUCGACAAGUUGGCAUGAUGGAGAAACGUCAUAAGCUCUCUGUAGUAGCUGUGGAUCCUGGAGCCGUGAAAACCAAUAUUAUGCGAGAAAUUCCUUCAUGGAUUUCACAGCUGUCAUAUGCAGCCUUGAAAAUUUUGGGUAUGCUUCAAGCACCUGAAGAUGCAGUAGGCUCUAUUCUUGAUGCAGCACUUUCCCCGCCAGAAACAUCAGGAGUCUACUUUUUUGGAGGAAAUGGAAGAACACUUGCAUCAUCCGUGCUUUCCUAUGAUUUGAAAAUGUCCAAGAACCUUUGGGAUACAUCAAAUGACCUGUUCCGGGAAUUACAAGUAGCUCUUGAGAAGCCUGCAGAUAUUCACCCUUGACCUAAAAAAUACUUCGUAUUACUCAAUGAAGAUAAUGAACAAGUAUAAACCCAGUCCAUCUUCUUUGGUUGUUUUUAGAGCUUCUCUUUUGAGCUUGAUUUACAUAGAUAAAAGUGAUCUGAUUGUAGAACCAUAAACCAUAUGGCCAUAACUCCCGUAGCCAGUGUUUUCAUCAGGGUGGACCAAGUUCAGUUCCGGUAUAGUUCCAGUUUAUACAGAGAAAUGAUUAACAACUACUCUGUCUUCGAAUCUCAGUUCUUUGGCGCCUCAAGAUCGUGUUUUAUUUGACAAGUUGAUUAACAUUUACUCUGCAAUCAUGUACAACCAUUGUCAAUGUGUUUAAAAAACUCGUGUUUUUUUUAUUGCCAAUGUGUUUAAAU